UUCCGAAAACUAAGUAGUCAAUGGAAGGUCAGGAUAGAAAUUUCACAUUUUUCUCUGCCCUCUGGAAUAUAUUUGCUGUCAGUGAUGUGUUUUAAACAACAUUAUGUGUUUUAAUAUACUUUUUUGUUUUCUUCCAAAGGUAGUGAAAAAGAAAAUACCAAGAUGAGUAAAAAGCCUCCUAAUCGUCCUGGAAUCACAUUUGAGAUUGGUGCUCGUUUGGAAGCACUGGACUAUUUACAAAAAUGGUAUCCAUCUCGUAUUGAGAAGAUAGAUUAUGAAGAGGGGAAGAUGUUGGUCCAUUUUGAACGUUGGAGUCACCGCUAUGAUGAGUGGAUUUAUUGGGACAGCAAUAGGUUGCGACCCUUGGAGCGACCAGCUUUAAGGAAAGAAGGGCUGAAAGAUGAUGAAGAAUUUGUUGAUUUUAAACCUGGAGAAGAAGUCCUAGCUCGUUGGACAGACUGUCGGUAUUACCCUGCGAAGAUUGAAGCUAUUAAUAAAGAGGGAACAUUCACAGUACAGUUCUAUGACGGUGUUAUUCGUUGUCUUAAGAGGAUGCAUAUCAAAUCUAUGCCAGAGGAUGCAAAAGGGCAGGCGCGCGAGAGGGAGCAGAUAGCGCCGGAGCUGAGAUUAGUGACGGAAAUCGAACCAAAAGAAGAUUGGAUAGCUUUGGUCAAAGCUGCUGCGGCAGCAGCAGCCAAGAACAAAGCAGGAAGUAAACCUAGAACCAGCGCAAACAGCAAUAAAGAUAAAGAGGACAGAAAAUGGCUAAAAGUUCCUUCAAAAAAGGAAGAAACCUCAACCUCUACAAUCAUGCAGGAAGUCCAAAAAAAGGAAGAGGAGCCUACAUCUAGUGACACAUUUGUAGGAUUUCCUGUAGUGGAUGUUCCAAAGAUGGCCUUUGUGCAGGCAGAAAGCACGUUAUCACACAAGAGGAAAAGUAAUCUAGGCAACUCAUUUCAGGCAAAGAGAGCUCGUCUUAACAAGAUCACUGGUUUAUUGGCAUCCAAAGCUGUUGUUGCGGAUGGUGCUGAAAAAAAGGAAGGCAACAAAGAAACAGCUCCAGUCCUGGAGCAGGAGAUUUCACCUAAACCACAAAGUCAGAAAAAAAAUGAAGCUGAUAUUAGCAGUUCUGCCAACAUUCAGAAACCUGCACUGUUAUCCUCAACUUUGUCUUCAGGAAAGGCUCGCAGCAAGAAAUGCAAACAAGAAUCUGGAGAUUCUUCUGGGUGUAUAAAGCCCCCUAAAUCACCACUUUCCCCAGAAUUAAUACAAGUCGAGGAUUUGACGCUGAUCUCUCAGCUUCCUUCUUCUGUGAUAAAUAAAACUAGUCCAUCACAGCCAGUGAAUUCCCCUAGAUCCUACAAACAUAGCCAACGGAGAAGAAGAUCACAGCGUUUAGCCACUUGCUCCUUGCCUGAUGAUUCUGUAGAAAAAGUUUCUUCUCCCUCUUCAAUUACUGAUGGAAAAGUGUUCUCCAUCAGUGGUCAAAACCAACAGUCAUCAAAAUUGGAGGUACCUGAUGUUGCUCAUAUGUCACUUGAGAAGCGUGGACCAUGUCUCCCUCUUGACUUAAGCCGUAGUUCGGAAGUUACAGCACCACUAUCCACAGAAUCCACUUUCCGUAAUGAAUAUCCCAGUAAAGACAAGGAAGAUAUUCAGAUGAUUACAUAUCUUUCUUCCAAAGCAGUAACUGAUGGAAGAGUAGCUACAGCAGCGUCAGCACCCUCGUCCCAUGUACAUGCCUUGCAGCUGGAAAUGCCUUUAACCAAUAGUCUAAAGUUACCCAAAGGGAAUAGUAAAAAAAAGAGGUCUUCCACAUCAGUGAGCUCUGAAGGGACAGAGAUACAGUGCUCUGUGCCCGUAAAGGAGAAAUGUUUUGAGAGUCUGAAGGAGAAAAUAAUAAAGAACAUGAUUGAGAAGGACAAGCAUUCAGAAUUUGGUGCAGUGAGAAUGGAAAGAAAAGGAAAACUGGAUGAGAAAAGUUCUUCAACAUAUGGUAAAAAGAAAGAAAAGGAAAAGGAGAAAAAAGAGAAAAAGGAGAAAGAUCAUAAAUCAAAACAGAAAAAGAAGAAGAAAAAAAAGAAGAAAUCUAAACAGCAUGAUUACUCAGACUAUGAAGAUAGUUCUGUUGAAUUCUUGGACAGGUGCUCCUCUCCGUUAACACGGUCCUCGGGGAGCUCUUUGACUUUGCGCAGCAUGUUCUCAGAGAAGAAUACAUCAUACCAGUAUCCAAGAGCUAUCUUGUCUGUUGACCUUAGUGGAGAAAACCUUUCAGAUGUGGAGUUCUUGGAUGAUUCCUCUACGGAGAGUUUGUUGCUUAGUGGUGAUGAAUACAAUCAGGAUUUUGAUUCAACUAACUUCGAAGAGUCUCAGGAUGAAGAUGAUGCUCUCAAUGAAAUUGUUAGAUGCAUUUGUGAACUGGAUGAAGAAAAUGGCUUUAUGAUUCAGUGUGAAGAGUGCUUGUGUUGGCAGCACAGUGUGUGCAUGGGGCUGCUGGAGGACAGCAUUCCAGAGCAGUACAUCUGUUACAUCUGCAGAGACCCACCAGGUCAGAGGUGGAGUGCCAAAUAUCUUUAUGAUAAGGACUGGCUAAACAAUGGACACAUGUGUGGAUUAUCCUUUUUGAAAGAAAACUACUCUCAUCUUAACGCCAAAAAGAUUGUGUCAACACAUCACCUACUGGCAGAUGUAUAUGGUGUAACUGAAGUACUGCAUGGACUGCAGCUGAAAAUUGGGAUAUUAAAAAAUAAGCACCACCCAGACCUUCAUCUCUGGGCUUAUUCAGGGAUGCGAAAAGAACAAGAACAAGUAACUGUUGGGGUAGAGAAAAAAUUAGUGACUUUGCCGGAUGCUGUUAAUCCAACUGAAAGGACGUGUCACAGUCAAAACCACAAAGAGCAGCCCAGUAUACCCCACAAGAUGGAAGAAACGUACAUCACAAGUGAGCACAGUUACCAAAAACCACAGAGUUUUGGUCACGACUGCAAAGCAGUCGCUGACCUCAUGAGCUCAGAUGAUGAAGAUACAAGUAGUUUUGAGGAAGAUCAGGAAUAUCACACUGAGAAUAAAAACUGUUUACAAUAUUCUUUUAAAGAUGAUGGCAUGAUUGAGCAGAAUUCUGCUGAAGGAAACACUGUGUUUGUUUGUAAUGAAAGAAAAGGCUCAGAAGAACAGGUGGACACACAUCUUCAAUGGCAGCUAAAUCUCCUUACCCAUAUAGAGAAUGUACAGAACGAAGUCACCAGCAGAAUGGACCUGAUUGAAAAAGAAGUUGAUGUUUUAGAAAGCUGGCUUGAUUUCACUGGAGAACUGGAACCACCAGAUCCUCUGGCAAGAUUGCCUCAGCUCAAGCGACGUAUCAAACAGCUCUUAAUUGACAUGGGGAAAGUACAGCAAAUAGCAACGCUUUGCUCUGUAUGACAAAAGGAAGAAUAAAGAAAUAAAAAUAGGUUCUUCACAGUGAAUUUUCUUACUAGCCACAAGACUGACAGGAAGACGGCGAAAAGCUGAGCAUUUUUCUGGUUCUUUGCUGAUUACAUUUAUAGCCUGAAGCUUUAGAGAGAGAAGAGAGGAAAUCUAGAGUAAGAAAUCUGUUAUAUUGAAAAUCUGAGUGUUCAGUGUCCAAGUUUCAAAAUGUAAUAUAUUGCAUACUGGGAAAUGUUGAUAUGAUUUUAACAUGAUAAACAAGAAAAUCCCCUUAUGUAAGAAAGUUGAACAAACAAAACGCUCUGCGAAGAACAAUGCUACUGUUUUGAAACUUUUGCUAAAAAAUUCCAAAUUCAAAGAAUUCAGCUGACUAAAAAUUCUUGGGAACUGCUUUUUUAAUGAAUUCCUCUUGUCUUGCUAGAGAAAGAUAGACACAGAGAGAUCUGUAUCCUCUCUACAAGGAAAGUUUUUAGAUUAUUUCCUUCUCUCAUGAAUGUUCAGGAAAAUGAACAUACUAGCUUUGAUUUUUUUGAAAGAAAUUACUUAUCAUGGUCUCCUUUUUAAAGUAUUUUUUUAAAUAGAAAUCCUUAUUACAGCACCCUUAGAAUCCUUUAAAACAUAAGUGGCAAAUAGUGGUCAGAUGUGCCAAAUAAUAUUAAAACCACUGGGAUGAGAGUUUGAUUAUGACUUACAUGAAGGUUUUUUUCCAAAGUCUUACUCGGUGCCAGCAAUCCAUCCAAAAUUGUAUCUAGUUUAUAUUUUUUUAUGUUCUAUUGCAGUAUUUGGGAUUCAAGGUACCAUUUUUGUCCUGGGUAGCUCUGUUCUGGUGUUGGCCCUCUGAAACUUUAUCAUCCUCAGCUGGGAUGAGGAAUGACAAGAGCAGCAAAACUGUCUGUGGCUGUGAAUGUUCUAAACCACUAGAAUAAAUCUCACAAGAUAACGUUACCCAAGAUGUUUUUAUAAAAAAAUCUUUCAGCUUCGGUGAAUGAAAUGUCAUGAAACCAAAGGCAACCUACGUGCUCUGUUAGCUCUUGCUGGAUUUUGAGCCCAGGACUUCCCCUGUGCUUAUAAGUUGCCACUGUACCCAGUGCUACAUACGUAUGUGUAUGUAUAUGUGUAUAGAUACACAUGUACAUAUAUACAUACUAUAUACAUUUAUAUCUACACAUGUCUAGUUUUAUUACAAUAGACUAUAAGAACUGGUGGUUAACAUGAAAUGUUACCUUUUAACAAGCAGUUUCUAAAAUUGAAAAUAAUGUAUGUACAGGUUUUGAAUUUGUAAAAUAUGACUGUUAAAAGGAGGCUAUUUAACUGAUGACAUUAAGAUACUUGAACAUUUUAUGCCUCACGUCUGUUUAUCAGUUCUAGUUAUCUGUAUAAAUGCAUUUUAGAACAGAUAGACAGUAAACUUGAAUUUACCUUUUGAUAAGAGUACAAGCCACUGUACAUUCAAAAAUUAUUUAAAUUUGCAAACACACUUCUAUAUGUAAGGUACUGUAUGUAAAACUGUUUAUUAAAACUAUUCUGCAUACUCUCCAUUUUCCACUUUUCUUCCUGAUCUACGUACAAACGUCAAAAAGAAGUGAUUGUUAUAAUGUACAGACCAUCAAAUAUCAAAAUAUCAUGGAAUGCCUUUUGAGGAUGCAUAAAAUUGAAAAACGUGCCAAAGAUGGAUCGUGUGGGAAAGACUUUGCAACCAGAGCAUUGAACUUCUGUGGGAGAACCAUAAAUGGGAAAGCAAGCAGCGUGGCUGGCUCAUUGCUAAAUAGACCUGCCCUGAUGUCCCCCCUCUGUCUGUCAUGUCCUGAAGUGAGGUAUCACCCGUGACGUCCAAAGCAAAACAUAAAUCCCUCUUACAGAGUGGUUGCUAUUUAAAUUAAAGUCUUGCCACUUCGAGCUUAUAGGAGACACAACAGAGCUGUAUGAUAACGUGGAAGUUAAUUAUGGAAUCGUGAUUGGCAACUUCAUAACGCAGAACGAACGCAAGAGCUGAGGAGUUGUUGAUGUUUUUAUAGCAACGGUUAAUAAAUAAAAUACUCUGUGUUAUAUAGUUGGAUGCUUAAAUAACUGCUUCAAACUAUGAAUAGUUGAGCGACCUACUUGCUUUUGGAUACGUGGGACUUUUUUAAUAUAUUAUUCACAUGCUGCGUAGCCUUGAAUGUGGUACUGUGUAUCAGAGACGUGUGAACCAGGGUGAGUUGCUUUGAAACAAAGUGGGGUGUAUGUACAUAACUUACACAGCAUACACUGUGGCAAUAUCAUGCAAUGUGCCUGCAUGCCUGUGGUGUAAUAAACCUGUCAGUGCUACUGAGGGUGGAGGUGGACCGAGAGACUCCAGGUGGGAGGAUGGAUUUCAUUCUUAGUGCAGGGACUGAGGAGUAGUAUCCUGAAAAGGAAGCCAUAAGGUCAAGGUUAAAGUUGCCCUCGUAGCUUUGACUUGUCUUCCCUUUGUAUGUGUAACGGUCUCCAAAUUUACAUGAGUAUGUACUUCUAUCCCUCAGGAUCCGGCCUUAUUCAGGAUGGACUCUGCUUACAAAGACAAAAUAAUCUGCUCAGUAUUUUUUUAAUCUUCCUUUCUUGUGUAGUUGUGUAUUGUAAAAUUCCUGCGAGCAUUCCUGUCUUGUAAGAAAUGCAACCCCAGUGUCCGUGUGGACCGUGCUGUGAUCCCUUGUGUGUUGCUCGAGCGCUUCACAACCUGCCCGCGUCGGCUCUCGCAAAUCGUGGUGUUAGUCUGUAAGACGUGUUAGGGUUGGCCCCAGUUUCUCAACUAUUCAAAGGUUUGGGAUGUUUUUGAAGUUUGUUGUUUUGUUGUUUUUUUUUCUUAAACACUUACAAGUCAAGUGCCAUAAGAACGUGAAGUGUUUUGCACAGAAUGUAACCUCCAGUUGAUUGCUUUGCUUGUGCGUCAGUCAAACCCCGCGUGAGCUGGCUCCUACUGGAUCUAGUUUCUUCUACUUGGCCUUAUCAUGAGGAUCUCUUUCCUGUGGGCAUCACUUUCCAUCUGUCUUCCUCCUUCCUCUGUAGAUAAGCAGGGAGUCUGUUUGCAACAUCUUUUGUUGGGGUGUGCGUUGCAAUUACUUGUGCUUUAUGAUGGAGGAGAUGGACCUUCUCUGAGGGAGAAAUGGAAUCAUAGAAUGGUUCGGGUUGGAAGGAACCUUAAAGAUCAUUGAGUUCCAACCCCUCUGCCAUGGACAGGGACACCUCACACUAGACCAGAUUGCUCAAAUAAUUGCAGAUAAUAUAUGGUGAUGUAAGGACUGGUGUUAAUACACGUGCACAGACAGGUAAAGAUUUUAAAUUAGCAGCCUUCUUUUAAUUUUAUAUAUUGUAGUAAAAGGGAAAUGCCAUUGUACAGAAGCCCCUUGUGAUUUCACAGGACUAAAUGACAAACUUGUAGAGCCUUUAAGUGUCCAGCUUUUAGUCUGAGGGUUGGGGUUUUUUUUUCAUGGAGAUAUCAGGGUGAUUCAUUUUGAAACUUUCUCCUUCCUGUGACUGUACCGUAGGCAUCUACAUCAGGAAUUCCAUGUUUUCAGUUGCAGUGAUGGCAGUAGGACAUCAGUCUUGCAGUUAGAAACAAAACAUAGUCUUGGUGGCAUGAGCAGGUAUCACAUGAUGGGGCUGCCCAUGUUUUAGUUGCAAAAUGGAGGUACCUCAGGUCAUAGGGCAGGGAACGGGCUAACCCUGUUCUUGGGUGGCUGUAGGUUGAGUAGUGCCUGAGUCGUGGGUAUUCUGGCCCUAGAUGCAUAGGAUUUUGUUUAGCGAUGGAGUAAUUUCCAGUGGUAGAAGCCCAUUUUCCUCUUAAAAAUAGUCAGAAGAAGAUGGGUUGCAAUUUUCUGCUAGAUGUCACAUAUUUGCUGAGUGACAACUGAAACUGUUCAUCCGUGGGUGCAGUCUUCUUGUAUGGCUGACAUCCACCUGUCUCUUAAUUUUACCUCUAAGCUUCUACAUGUGCUUCUCAUGUGUUCUGCAGCUUCCAUCAGUUUCUCCUUUUGUUCUUCACCUGCACUCUGUCGUCUUCUGUGAUGUCUGGAGGGUUUUGCUCCUCCGUUCCUGUGCCUGGUUCUUUGGCUGCUGGGGGAAGCAGCUGUAGGGAAAGGUCUCCUGCCUUGUGUCCUAUGAGCUGUGUACAAUUGGAUUGUGUGUACCAUGAUGAAAAUCUUUAAAUAUUUUUUUGCUGCCUUCUUUUAGUAAGCCUCUUCUGGUCUUGUGCAAAUGAUCUCCCUCUACUCCUCUCUGGCUUCUAGCUUAACUAGACUUGAGUGAAUAUUAGAGCAAAACUCCUCUGGUACUGCUGGACUCCAGUGCUCCUGGCCAAAAUGAAGACUGGGAUGUGAAGGAGUUGCUUGAAUGUCACAGUAAAAUUAUGAAAGUAUCUUGAUGCUUGCAAACCUGAAUAUUUUUCCUUUUAAUUUGAAGCGAAACUACAACUAUUUUUUCUUCUCUGAAGCUGUAAAAGACACAGAACUGAUCCUGAACUGAACUGGAGCUUGAUGUAAAAAUCAACAAUGAAAACUGGGGCUGGGAAGCCCUCUGCAAACAGGAGAUUCAAGAUGCCAAGUGCUUGGUGAGGCUGUCCUGACUGCCCUGCCCUGUUAGCAGUCACACGGAGGUGCUGAUGAGUAAAGGGGUUGCAGGUGAUGAUGCCAUUAGUUUGCAAAUGGGACCCCCCUUUGUGGUGUCAGUUUAGCACACUGGAACAGCAGAUUUUCUCUCUACUGCUUUGAAAUGUUACAGUACAUGCACCUUAAUUUUGGAGUGCUUAUUAAGGUCAGAGGCUUAAUCACUUUCGAAAUGUCCAUUGGUAAUCUCGCAUUUUAUUAGCUUUUUUUCUGUUGUACAGAGUCUGUGUGGCUUUAGGUGAUCAUUUUACAGAGGAUGUUUGAAAUACUUUAGUGAUGGUUUUUAUUAUACUAUGUUAUGUCCUGGGUGUGGGGGUCUGUCUUUAGCAAUAAGUAUUAUACACUAUGUGUAUAUCUGUUUUUAUAUGGAAAACAAGUACGGAGCAUGUAAUGAUGGUGAAAAUACACUGCCCGGGGAGUGGGUUGUGCGUUUGGCAACCGUUCUGCACCAGCCAGAACAACUCAAAAAAUUGGAUAUUGCCCGGAGAAAAAAGAACUGGAGUGAAAAAUAUCAUUUGGGAGUCAAUUUCCCUUUCCAUACGGACUGGGCCUGUGUGGAAGCGGAAGAUGAGCCAGCUUUAUUCUAUGGAUUGAUUAACUAAAGCUUGUUCAAUUGCUGUUGACUUCAAAUAAACUUCCCCUUUUUUCAAACUGGCCCAAGCCACCUCCCUCUGGCUGUAGCCUCGUGCGUCAGUGUAUUGUCACUAAACACUCUGAGAGAGGCAGCAAUGCACUACUAUUAAGUCUUCUAUGAGAGAAGCAAAAUACUUUAUUCUGUGAUUUGUUGGUUUUUCUUUUUAUAUAAUAGCAAUAAUGUUGACUGCAUUCGAAUACUCCCAAUAAAGGUCUGUUGAGAUUGUUA